GUAAUUGCACUAUCUCUUUUUGACAUGUCAAUACAUAUGUUAACUAGUCUCAAACAGGUGAUAAACAAGACAUGGAAGAUAUCCGACGCGAGAGAGAGGCCUAUCGACAAGCUAUCGAUGUCGCAUUAGCUGGGAUUCAACGAACAAACCUGCUCAUACCGAUCAACCAGCUCCCACCCGAAUUACUCAUUCGCAUAUUCUCAUAUUACAUUUCUGCUCCUAGGGAACGUUUGCGAAUCAGCGGAGCUCCAGGUUUCUGUGAUUGGAUUGGUAUCGCUCAUGUUUGCCACCAUUGGCGAGUCAUCGCGCUGGAUACACCAAUGUUCUGGAGUCGCAUCUUGUUGUCGGCUCCGGAAUGGGUUGAGGAAUUCCUCAGGAGAUCCAAGCACCAUCCGCUCACAAUCAUCUCAGGAAGGUCGCCGAAGAUGUAUAGGCGGAGAACUUCCGGUCUCUGGCAAUAUCCCCGGGAGAGAUGGGUGUUCUUACCAAGUCAGAUCGUGACUUCCCUUCGAUUGGUAUUCGCUCAGCUUUGGCGCGUUGAGGUCCUUUCGCUGAGGUUGCCUCCCCAUCUCAUUGAGAGGAUAUUCGAUGCAUACAAGAAUAAGCCCUUUGUUGGAUCAGCUUUGAGGGAGGCGAGCUUCGUCAAUCCCGAUCAGAAAGGGAUUAUGGAUCUCCUCAUCUCACAUGAUUCCAGCCAAUCGCUAUUCGAGAUCCCUAACUUGAAGUGUUUGAGCAUCCGAAGGUGCCGUAUCUCACCGAACUUGACAUUUGUCAGAGACACGCUCACAAGUCUCACCUUGGUUCGAACGGCGAUGUAUGGUGCCGCAAAUGAGCCAUCUCUGAAGAUACUCUUAAGUCUUCUCUCCAGAUUGGCGCUAUUGGAGAGUUUGGAUCUGCAUAAUACCCCAAAUAACAUUCAAGAUGACCCCCUGCUUCAAGUUCAUGACUCAAAUAUCGAUCUCCCUAAGGUUUCGCUCCCUCGUUUGAAAUGCUUUCAUCUCAUGCAUUACGUACCGAUGUGCGGCGCACCCCUUCUUCAGCACCUCGACUUUCCUUCACGUACGAGGAUUUUCUUGAAACUUAAUGUUUCAGUUUUCUCCCAUUCAAAAGUGGUCGAGGCCGUCUUAGCCGCUAUGCAGCGAGCUCUCGGUGGCGUUCAUGAUUCCCUUACGGAUUUGGCGAUAGAGUUCAGCCAUGGCAGCCUCGAUGAUGACAUUGGCAUCGAGGGUCUUAAAUCCGAUUCUGCGCCGUGCAGCUCGGAGCCUUGGACAAGAAAUGAGACAUAUCCUAGCUUCAGACUAGGCUUUGUCAAUUUUCCAAAUGAUGUCAAUGUAAUGGACGUCAUUCAUAUUUGUCUGGAUAAUGUGUUGCUCUACAACGUCCGAAAGUUGCUUAUUGCGCAUUCACCUUGGUUUGCCGAUAACAAUAUGCCUAAAGAAACAACGUUCGUCACGACGUUGCUAAAGCGCUGUUCUCCAAACGGCCUGGACGUUUUGUGCCUGUAUGGGGCGCUCCUCAACGUUUUACCAGAACUCCUCUCCAACUAUUCGUGGCCUGACAACCAACCGUUACUCUAUCAUGUAAAGACACUCGAGCUGCGACGUUUUGGUCAGUACACCUACAAGGAGUUCAAGGGAGGGUUGUAUAAUGCCGUCCUGUCGCACAGGAUGAAGGCCAACACUUCUGGUUGCACUGCCAGUGCCUUCUCUAGCCUCGUUUUACGAGAAUGUCAAGAAUUGCGACGAAAAGAGGUCGUCGACAUUGUAUCAGCUGUGGCUGAGGUGUGUUCUCAGCCUGGCCGAUUCGACACCCUGGACGACGAUAUUCGGGCCACGGAGGUAUUUCCCAAAGGUCGAUGGCCUGAAGAUCCUGAACACAUCAAAGUUAUGAACUUGGGCGAAGAUUGUGACCUCGACUACCCCAAUUGGGCCGUCCGUGCAAAGAGGAAGGUUGCGAAGGUCAACGCACUGCAGCAUGAUUGGGUUGCUGAGGUCCAGAAGGGCAACAAGGUCACCUUCGACUUUCAUGGCAGCACUGGGGUCACGGUCGAAGAGAAUAUUGCCCCCGUUUACUAUGAUAGAAUCCCUAAAGACGACUUUGAGCUUGAGAGUGAUCCAGAUGAUUCAGAAGCCCCAGUGGGUUACUUUAGAUAAAUACAAGGGCACUGACUGUCCCGGGUCAAACAGAAUGUACACACCAUUAGAUUGUCAACAUUUACAUAUUUCUUGAAUAGCUUAGCUUGAAUGUUUGGAUUAGGGUUGGCUCCUUAUUUACAUGCUUUUGACGUUCGAUGACAGCUACUUGCGGGACGAUGAGCCACUUCAGCAAAAAAUACAACACAGAGGCUUUCAACGUCCGCUCUCGGCUGAGGGUGGCACUCAGACUGAGAUGCUACAAGCUCUCCUGUCGUUCCGCGAAUAGCUGGAAGUGCUGGACUUGAACAUUUAUUACCGAACAGUGCUCAACUUAAACGUUUGUCGACGUCCAAGCCUCGCCCAAAUAUCGUGGUGACGGCGAUGGGAGCGUAAUCGUGUCCUACAGGCAGUGUAGACAGAGAUUCAACCUUCGUACCUCAGGAUAUCUCUGUGAGCGUAGCGAAAACGAGAAAGGCUGAAUGUCUGCGUCAUGAACGAAUAGCAGCCGUACUAUUCGUCCGCUUCAAGAUUCGUGAAUUCGUCAUAUAUUCAGACCAAUGACAGCUACUGAAUUAUAUACGGCUGCGAUGGCGACGUCAGAUAGCAGUCAUUAUCAAUAUUCAUGUUGAAUAUUAAAACGUUUGAACUGUUGGAUGAUGCGAGCUUCUGAGCAUGAGGUGAAACGCGUAGAACCAUUCCGGAGAAGUUUAACUUCCUUAAGUUAAAAGAAUUAAACGAACGGAAGCAUAGCUCCUGGAUCUGAAAGGAUGCAGAUGAGCUGACCAUGGCGUGUAGC